CCGUCGGCUGCUUGUGGGCUUCGGGAUGACUUCCUGUGUGCGCUCGGAGCGGGGUGAGAGCUCCCGGUACCGGCCUGAAACGUGAGGCGCACAGUGAAGCCGACACAGACCUGCGACUUAUCGCUCCCGUCCCUCACAGCAGCACAUUCCUUCUAGAGCCCCCACAGUGUUAUUCUGGGGGGCCCAAUACGGCCCUUAACCCCUUCAGCUCAGCCGGGGGUACCCCAUCCUCCUCAUAUGGCCUGUACCUAGGACCUGGGGUACCCCCCCAUAGAGCAGCCCCCCAAACCCUGCAGGGGCCCCUUAUGCUUUGUGGAGGCACCCCCUUACGAGUCCUGUAGAGCGGAGGCCCCCUUUAUACUCCCCGCGCCCCCCCCUUUAAAUGUCUGGUGAGUUGUCGACUAGAAGUCGCUGCUCCCCAAAUCGGAGCGCCCCCCACUGACCGCCGGACCGCCAACACCCCGAAAAUGGAGCAGAAAUCCAAGGGCAAGCUGCUGAUCUCCACCAGUCUGGACGCCAAAGACGAGCUGGAGGAGAGGCUGGAGCGCUGCGUGACACUGGUGACAUCCAUGACGAGUGGCGUCUCGGAAAGAGAGGCCAACGACGCGCUGAAUGCUUAUGUCUGCAAAGGAGCCAGUCAGCAUGAAGAGGUUUGCCUGGGGCUCUUCACCCUGGUGCUGUCUGAGCCCGCGCAGGCACAGAAGUGUUACCGCGACCUCGGCCUCGUCAGCCGCGAUGGGAUGAACAUCGUCCUCAACAAAAUCAACCAGCUCUUAAUGGAAAAAUACUUGAAGCUGCAGGACACGUGUCGGACGCAGCUGGUGUGGCUGGUGAAAGAGCUGGUGAAGAGCAGCGUCCUGGGGGCGGACGGCGUGUGCAUGACCUUCAUGAAGCAGAUUGCAGGGGGCGACAUAUCUGCUAAGAAUAUCUGGCUGGCUGAGAGCGUACUGGAUAUUCUGAUGGAUCAGAGGGAGUGGGUGAUGAAGAGCAGCAUCCUCAUCGCCAUGUCCGUGUACACCUACCUGCGGCUGAUCGUUGACCACCAUGGUACUCCCCAACUCAUGGUGCUGAGGCAGAAGGAGGUGGACUUCUGUAUCAUGCUGCUGAGAGAGCGGUUCAUGGAUUGCUUCAUGAUUGGUCGCGACCUGGUGCGGCUCCUGCAGAACGUUGCACGCAUUCCGGAGUUUGAUUCGUUAUGGAAGGACAUGCUGCACAACCCGCCGGCCCUGAACCCCCAGUUCACAGGAAUCCUGCAGCUCUUACUGUCUCGCACGUCCCGCAAGUUCCUGGCGUGUCGUCUGACCCCCGACAUGGAGACCAAGCUGCUGUUCAUGACCUCCCGGGUCCGCUUCGGGCAGCAGAAGAGGUAUCAGGACUGGUUCCAGCGCCAGUACUUGUCCACGCCGGACAGCCAGUCCCUGCGCUGCGACCUGAUCCGCUACAUCUGCGGCGUCGUCCACCCGUCCAAUGAGGUCCUGAGCUCUGAUAUCCUGCCGCGCUGGGCCAUUAUCGGGUGGCUCCUGACCACCUGCACGUCCAAUGUCGCCGCGUCCAACGCCAAGCUGGCGCUCUUCUACGAUUGGCUCUUCUUCAGCCCGGAAAAAGACAGCAUCAUGAACAUUGAGCCGGCGAUCCUGGUGAUGCAUCAUUCCAUGAAGCCGCACCCCGCCAUCACCGCCACGCUGCUGGACUUCAUGUGCCGGAUAAUACCCAAUUUUUACCCAUCGCUGGAGGGACACGUGAGACAAGGUGUAUUCAGCUCUCUGACCCACAUCAUGGAGAAGAGGGUCCUGGCACAUUUGGCUCCACUCUUCCAUAACCCCAAGUUGGACAAGGAGCUGCGGUCGAUGCUCAGAGAGAAGUUCCCCGAGUUCUGUAACCUCCCGUCUCCAGCCUCAGAAAUUAAGGCCGAGGAGCCUGUUUCCAUGGAGAUGGACAGCAGUCUUGCAGACAAAGACGAGAGCUGCUACGACAACGCGGAGGCCGCCUUCAGUGACGAUGACGAGGAGAUGAACAGCAAAAGUGCAGACAACGGGAAGAAGAGGGAGUUCCGCUUCCACCCCAUCAAGGAGCCGAUCAUCGAGGAGCCGGUGGACAUCACCCCGUACCUGGAGCAGCUGGAGGAGCCGCUCAGAGAGAAGGUUGUCGCCCUGCAGAAGGAGAGUGACAUGGAGUCGCAGUGUGAGCUGAUGCAGGACAUCGUGGAGCAGAUCCUGGAGGACGACUUUGACUCGGAGCAGCUGUCGGUGCUGGCGUCCUGUCUCCAGGAGUUAUUCAAGGCACAUUUCCGGGGCGAGGUCCUUCCGGAGGAGAUCACGGAGGAGUCCCUGGAGGAAUCGGUGGGGAAACCACUGUAUCUAAUAUUCAGAAACCUGAUCCAGAUGCAGGAGGACAGCAGUGGCUUCUCCCUGCUCCUCGACCUUCUCUCCGAGCUUUACCAGAAGCAGCCCAAGAUUGGCUACCACCUGCUGUACUACCUGAAGGCCAGUAAGGCGGCCUCGGGGAAGAUGAACCUGUACGAGUCGUUCGCUCAGGCCACACAGCUGGGGGAUCUGCACACCUGCCUGAUGAUGGACAUGAAGGCGUGCCAGGAGGACGACGUGCGGCUGUUGUGCUACCUGACGCCCUCCAUCUACAGCGAGUUCCCAGAUGAGACGCUGCGGAGCGGGGAGCUGUUGAACAUGAUUGUGGCGGUCAUUGACUCGGCCCAGCUGCAGGAGCUGGUAUGCCACGUGAUGAUGGGGAACCUGGUGAUGUUCCGCAAGGACUCGGUGCUGAACAUCCUGAUUCAGAGCCUGGAGUGGGAGACCUUCGAGCAGUACUGCACCUGGCAGCUCUUCCUAGCACACAACGUUCCCCUGGAGACUAUCAUCCCCAUCCUCCAGCAUCUGAAGUAUAAAGAGCACCCGGAGGCGCUGUCCUGUCUGCUGCUACAGCUGAGGCGAGAGAAGCCAACAGAGGAAAUGGUGAAGAUGGUGCUGAGCCGCCCGUACCACCCCGACGACCAGUUCACCACCAGCAUCCUGCGGCACUGGUGCCUGAAGCACGACGACCCCCUGGCCGAGCACAUCAAGUCCCUGCUCAUCAAGAACAACAGCCUCCCCCGCAAGCGCCAGAGCCUGCGGAGCUCGAGCAGUAAGCUGGCGCAGCUGACGCUGGAGCAGAUUCUGGAGCAUCUGGAUAACCUGCGACUGAACCUGUCCAACACCAAGCAGAACUUUUUCAGCCAGACGCCCAUCUUACAGGCCCUGCAGCACGUCCAGGCCAGCUGUGACGAGGCGCACAAGAUGAAGUUCAGCGACCUUUUCUCAUUGGCCGAGGAGUAUGAAGACUCAACAAAACCGCCCAAGAGCCGGCGGAAAGGUCCCAUGACGAGUCCGCGCAGCAGGAAGAACGCGGCACAGCCCGCUAAUACGGAGGAGGAGUCUGCGUCCAGCAGUGCCUCGGAGGAGGAAGAUGCAAAGCCGAAACCCACAAAAAGGAAGCGGAAGGGCUCGGCGGCGGUCGGGUCAGACAGUGACUGAGGGGCGGAGCCGGAUGAGGGUCACAUGAUUAUUCUCUGGUCUGGAUCGGGCAGAUGCCAUCUUCACAGAGACCAAGCUCGCAGGGGGCACAGCCAGCUCCCCUCCCCCACACGGGAUGCCCGCGGCAGGAUGUUUAUACUGAAGCAAAUUUAAUAUUUUCUUACUGGACUGUAAAUAAAUGUCUCCUGGCGGCGAAUAGCGCGCCAACCGGGCGAUUUAUACCGCAAGAUAUUUUACAUCACAAAUAAAAGAAUUCCUGACAACCAGGUCUGCUCACUG